AAUUUCCAAACAUCCCCUCGUGUUUGUUAGAUAGGUUUUAACCGGUAAAAGAGUCACUACGCAGACUGGCUUUUGGCAGUGUGGACCAGACAGCUUGCAGACGCAUUUAAUACAGACGGAAGAAGCCUGAUAAUAACGCACUGAUGGCCACUGACGAAAUCGCGACAGCAAUGGAAAGCGAAAGUGUUGCCUCGGAUACUACGACAGCAACGGAAGAUAACGGAAUUGACUUGACACCAAACAAAGACGGCGGCGUGCUGAAAAAAAUUUUGAGGGAAGGAACAGGAAGUGAAACCCCAGGCAAAGGAGACACGGUUUAUGUGCAUUACGUUGGCACUCUCCUUGAUGGGACGAAAUUUGAUUCCAGUCGAGACCGCAAUGAACUGUUUGAUUUUAAAUUGGGCAUGGGUUCAGUUAUUAAAGCCUGGGAUAUCGGAGUAGCAUCCAUGAAAAAGGGAGAACUGGCUCUGUUAACAUGCAAACCAGAGUAUGCUUAUGGAGAGUCUGGAUCAGGACCAGUGAUUGGACCAAAUGCCACACUGGUGUUUGAGGUGGAACUCUUCAGAUGGGAAGGAGAAGAUAUCUCAGAAGAGCGAGACGGUGGAGUGACAAGACGAGUGAUCAGAAAGGGGGAGGGCUACAAGACACCCAAUGAAGGGGCUACAGUUGAUGUUCACAUUACUGGAAGGUACAAUGAUGCCAUAUUUGACGAUCGAAAUGUUCAGUUUAUUCUGGGAGAGGGAGAGGAACUAGACAUAUGCCCUGGUCUUGAACAGGCUUUGAAGAAAUUUGUGAACAAAGAACAUUCCAAGCUCUGGAUAAAAUCAAAACAUGCCUUUGGCAAGGAGGGCAGUGCGAAAUUCAACAUUCCACCUGAUGCUGACAUUGUGUAUGAAGUAGAGAUGACAAAUUUUGAGAAGGCAAAGGAAGCCUGGGAAAUGGAUACAGCUGAAAAACUCAACCAGUCAGAACUUGUGAAGCAAAAGGGAACAGAUUUCUUCAAGGCAGGUAAAUACAAGCAAGCCAUCAACUAUUACAAGAAAAUAGUGAAGUUUUUAGAGACAGAGAGUGCUUUGGAGGGUGAGGAAACGAGUCGUCACAAGAGCUUGUUGUUAGCGGCCCACCUAAACCUGGCUAUGUGUCAGCUGAAGCUACAGGAUUACCAGCAGGCAGAGAAAGAGUGUGAGAAUGCCCUGGAGAUAGAUGCCAAGAAUGAGAAAGGGUUGUUCCGGCGCGGAAUGGCACGGCUGAAGCAAAAUGAAUAUGAGUCGGCUAUAGAGGAUUUCCGGGAAGUGUUGAAGAUUGACCCAAACAACAAAGCUGCCAGAAAGGAACUCAGUCUGGCCACACAGAAACUCAAACAGUUCCGGGACAAGGAGAAGAAACUCUAUGCUGGCAUGUUCACCAAGCUGGCUGCAAAGGAGGAAAAAUUGAAUACAAAUGAGGUGAAUGGUACAGAUAGCAGAAGCCGAUCAGAAGGUCAUGAUAGUGGCUCAGCGGGGAGUGGGGAUGGAGAAGCUAUGGAGAACUAAGCAGACUGUACCUCCUCACCACGAACAUGCUACAAUCAUCAGACGCACCAGUGACGUCAUUGACAUCUAGAACAGUCUUGCCACCGACGUCAUUGAUAUCCAGAAUAGUCUCACUAGCGUGAUUUGUCUCUAUUUGGCGGUUACCGAGUUCUAUGAAGUCAAGAGACAUUUACCUGCAAUUUUGACCCCUCUGUAUUGGCUGCUUUACAGAUAUUUUUGCCAAAAAAUAGGUUUGCCAAGCUAAAAUUCUCGUGUACAUGUACAUGCUGAGUAUAUAGAGUAUCAGCCAAAUCAUUCGAACUCACAAAACUAGUAUGGCACAGUUCUUUGAUGGAAAUGAAAACAUUUAGCAGGCAUCUUAUUCGACUUUUCAAUCGUCCUGUAUGAUGAGAGUAUGUAAAUCUCAAGGAAACAUUUCUCAGUUGAGAUUUCUUCUGGUACGCAUCACUUACAUCCUCAUUGUAAUUAUCAGAAAUUCAUUUUGUUUUCAAAUAGCAUAGAUAAAAGCUGCCUGAGCUUUAAUAUGGACCAGAAUGUCAUAUCCAUAUCGUUUUAUCCACGUACACGUGUUUUGUUUUCUCUUCAUAAUUCAUUUGUUGUGAUCAUGAAAAUAAAAGGAACUACUAAAACAAUUAGCUUAAUCUAUACAUAAA